AUGUUAAGAUUGAGGUCGACACAUAGGCUCUUAGGACUGAGACUCACUCAGCAAAGACUUUUUUCACAAUCAUUGCUCGCAUUAAAUGCGACUGUGGUAUCUGGAACCAAACUAGCUUCCAAAAUACGAAAUGACGUUGCUGAAAAAGUUUUACAAUAUAAUAAGGAGCACUAUGGGAUCGAUACAACACAAUUUGAUCAGCUUAAAUUUAAGCCUUCAUUGACGAUAGUUCAAGUUGGUUCUAGGCCAGACUCGUCGGCGUACGUACGUUCGAAAUUGAAAGCGGCUGAGAAAUCCAACAUCAAAGCAAAUCUCCUCAAGUUGGAUGAAGACAUCAGCCAAGAAGAUUUAGUGGAUGAGAUUGACCGAUUGAACAAGGACCCACAAAUCCAUGCUAUAUUAGUACAAUUGCCUUUACCUAAGCAUAUUGAUGAGACAUUAAUCACAAACUCGGUUGUCACCGAAAAAGAUGUUGAUGGUUUUGAUCAUUACAAUGUUGGUCAGUUAUCUAAAAAGGGAGGCGUUCCACAUUUCAAGCCAUGUACUCCAAAUGGAAUUAUGGAGUUGAUCAAAACCACCGGGAUCAACUUGAGGGGUAAGAAUGCGGUUGUCAUCGGUAGAUCAGAUAUAGUUGGAACUCCAGUCGCAACAAUGUUGAGAAAUGAAGACUGUACAGUCACAAUCUGUCAUCGUCAUACAGAAAAUUUGCCCGAAAUUGUGUCUAAGGCGGAUGUUGUGGUUGCAGCUGUUGGGAUUUCCGAGUAUGUCAAAUCGUCUUGGGUGAAAGAUGGAGCAGUUGUCAUUGAUGUUGGUAUCAACUACAAGGAAGACCCCACUGCGAAAAACGGAAGGAAAUUAGUUGGGGAUGUUGAUUAUGAUGAUGUGGUUAAAAAGGCAGGUUUCAUCACCCCUGUUCCAGGUGGUGUUGGUCCAAUGACUGUGGCAAUGUUGUGCUCGAAUGUGUAUGAUGCCGCUGUCAUCCACGCUAAGAAAGCACAUGAACAUCACUUUAAACCUCUUUCAUUGGACUUGAAAACCCCUGUACCAUCUGAUAUUGAAAUUUCGAGAGCUCAGAAACCAAAAGUCAUAACCAGGGUUGCAAAAGAAUUGGGAUUGUUGGAUAAAGAGUUGGAGCCGUUCGGUCACUAUAAAGCCAAGGUCGACUCCAAAGCAGUGAUUGAAAGAUUAGAUGCACAAGUUGAAGGCUCUGCCGACGACAAAGGUUACUAUGUGUUGGUUGCCGGAAUCACCCCGACUCCAUUGGGGGAGGGAAAAUCUACCACGACAAUGGGAUUGGCCCAAGCUCUUGGUGCACAAUUGGGAUACAACUCUAUUGCCAAUGUUAGACAGCCUUCUAUGGGUCCUACCUUUGGUGUGAAAGGUGGGGCAGCUGGAGGUGGCUAUGCCCAAGUUAUCCCCAUGGACGAAUUCAAUAUGCACUUGACCGGUGACAUUCACGCGAUUUCCGCUGCUCAGAACUUGCUCUGCGCAGCUGUUGAUACUAGAAUGUUUCACGAAUCUACCUCAAAGACCAUUGGAGGUUUUUACAAAAGGUUGGUGCCAGCAAAGAAAGGAAAGAGAAGCUUUACGCCGUCGAUGUUGAAGAGGUUGCAAAAAUUGGGAAUCAAUAAGACAAACCCUGAUGAUCUCACAACUGAGGAGAUUGAAAGUUUUGCAAGAUUGAAUAUUGACCCGGACUCUAUCACUAUCAAGAGGGUGGUCGACUGUAACGACAGAUUUGUUAGAGAGAUUACAAUUGGUGAAGGCAAAAACGAAGCCAGCAAAUUUCCACCAAGAAAAACAGGUAUGGACAUCACUGUUGCAAGUGAAUUGAUGGCGAUAUUGGCACUCUCCAACUCUCUCAAAGAUUUACGAGAACGUGUUGGGAAACUUGUGAUUGGUACUCAAAAAGAAACCGGUGUUGCGAUUACCGCUGAGGAUAUAGGUGUUGCGGGUGCUAUUACAGCUUUGUUGAAAGAUGCUAUUAAGCCAAAUUUGAUGCAAACCGUUGAAGGGACUCCAGUUUUUGUUCAUGCUGGGCCAUUUGCUAAUAUUUCUAUUGGAGCAUCUUCUGUUGUGGCUGACAAAGUUGCCCUCAAGCUAACCUCACCAUCUAACCCGAUUAACAAUGGACACUCAGGCUUUGUGAUAACUGAAGCUGGAUUUGACUUCACCAUGGGUGGAGAACGUUUUUUCAAUAUCAAAUGCAGAAGCUCGGGAUUGAAACCAGAUACUGUUGUUUUAGUGGCUACUACCAGGGCAUUGAAAUUGCAUGGUGGAGCACCUGACGUCAAGCCAGGCCAGUCCUUACCCCAGGAAUACGUCUCAGAGAACUUGGGCUUGUUGGAGAAAGGCUGCGCAAACUUGGCAAAACAAAUUUCAAACAUCAAACAGUACAAUGCUCCUGUUGUGGUUGCAAUCAACCAAUUUGAAACAGAUUCCGACGCUGAAAUUGAAUUGAUCAAGAAGUUGGCGUUACAAGCUGGUGCUGACUAUGCAGUUCCAUCAAAUCAUUGGGCCAAAGGUGGAUUGGGCGCCAAGGCAUUAGCAGAAGCCGUGGUUAAGGCAGUUAAACAAGCUCCAUCUGGUGAACAACAAUACUUGUAUGAUGUUAACGACUCAGUGGAAAAUAAGUUGAAUAAAAUCGCUCAAAAGAUGUAUGGAGCCAAGGACAUUGAAUUAUCGCCGUUGGCAAAACAACAGAUUGAAACUUAUACUCAACAAGGAUUUGACAAGUUGCCUAUAUGUAUCGCUAAAACGCAAUAUUCCUUGUCCCACGAUCCCGCAUUGAAAGGUGUCCCAACUGGAUUUACUGUGCCAAUUAGAGAAGUGAGAUGUUCAGCAGGUGCUGGGUAUUUGUAUGCUCUAGCUGCCGAGAUUAUGACAAUUCCUGGAUUGCCAACUCACGCUGGGUUUAUGAAUGUUGAGGUUAAUGAUGACGGAGAGAUUGAAGGAUUGUUUUAA